CUGAAGUCCUCUUUGGAUCUUUACUCGAGUAGAGACAGCCUGCUCGACUCAUAACAAGUAAAAGCACUCAAAAUAGAACACAGAUUAUAGGACCGCCAAUUCACAUCGGGGUCAGAGCGAAUGCAACGGAUGAAGGAAGAGCGAUGGGAAUCAGAGUGUUGCAUACAUAAACAGUGAACAUCUGUCAUGGAGACUCCUGCAUCCAACUGUUCACCGAAAAUUUACCUAAUGAUCGAAAACCCGUCGAAAUCAACGAGUCUGGGUCCGAUAUUUCGGUGCGCGAGUGCCUUUGGAGUUAAAAUUAUCGUCGUUGUCGGAUAUGCGCAAUGCAGUGUUGAUGGUUCUCACGGGGCAUCAAGACAUUUGGAGAUUAUUCCAUUUCCCACUGCGGAACAAGCCUCCCAAUAUAUUCGAGAUGAAUGUGCUUGCACGUCCAUCAUCGGAUUACUAGGUGCGGCGCCUGGAGACUACAGCGAAGACGGGUCGUUGGUCGUGACGCGAAAUGCAUUGGCCGAACUAAGUACCUUCCAAGAAGAGGCAGAAGUUGUUUUGGGUACAUCGUAUCCGAUCCACUGCUACGAUUUUUCAAAAACUGGAAAUACUUGUAUUGUCCUCAGUCGUCUCCGAGCUGGUGUGCAAUUGACGCUAGCUCAGCAUUGCGAUGCGUUUAUCCAUGUCCCACAUAUUCCAUUGCAUUGCGAGACUGUACCUCCUCCACUUUUGGAUAUCCAUUCAACGCUCUCAAUUGCAUUAUUUCAUGCUUCCGCAAGCCUAUGUGUCACCGAGAGAUGGUUCAAUGGGCACAAGUACGAUGUCGAAAAUCUGGCAAAAACUCAGAGAGACGAUCUUGACGAUAUGAAGAGUCUCUAUCGUCUAGAACAAAAGCAAGGACUAGAAGAAGCUAUAGAGCAUGCUUUGGAUUACAACUCCUUGGCUGCGCUCCUUGGUGCAGGUGACGAUGAAAGCUCUUGA